CCCUGCUGGUUGAAUCCUUCCGCCUUGGCCCUGAGGGACUUUUUCUUCUGCUUUCUUUUGCUUCUGGAGCUCCCGACGUAACUCAACACACUUAGCUGAGCCGUUUGGAUGGGGGUUCCUGCACGAGAUAGGUCCUUUUAGAGGCGCGCGGCGACAUUUGGGGGAGGCUCCUUUCGUACCUGAGGAGAGUGGCGGAGGGAGACGCUUUGUUGUUGAUGGCACAGCCUCAGCGGAGGGUAUUGAGAAAGUCCAAGAUGGCGGCGGCUGCCAGGCCGAGGGGACCCGGCAGGCCCUGAGUCCGGGAAGGGAGGGCUGUGAGAGCGGCACCGGGCCCGGAGAGGCACCAGGGAGACCCCGGAGAGGAGGCGGGAGCAAGGCUAAGGGGAGCGGCGGCCCCGGGGAACCGCUACGGCCGAGCGGCCUAGUUAACCCUCUUCAGUCAGGCCUGCGGCUCAAGUGAGGGGGAGGGGCCGGGUAUGGCCCCCUGAGGGGCCCCGGGAGGGAGGAGCGGGCGGGGGGCAUGGAGUCCCGGGAGGAGCCGGGGGAGCAGACCGAGGCGGGAGACCAAGGCCAGGGAGACUGGGCGCCUCGCGAGGAGAAAGGGGAGCGAGGGGUGCGGGGUUCGAGGGCGGAGAGAGGCCCUUCCGGCGAGAGUUGGGAGCACGGGGAUUGUGGGGAGCGUGGUCCCAGGUCAGAGAAGGCCGAGCGGGCUGCCAAGGGGGAGCGAGGGGCUCCCAGGGGCGACAAGGCUGAGCAAGGGGAUGGGGGUCCCCGGGGAGAUCGAGCUCUUCGGGCUCCCAAAGAGGCGGACCGGGGGCUGUGGGGGGCAGAGCAAGGCGAGUGGGUGGAGCGUGGCCCGGCCUGGGCAGGGGAAGCCGAUCCCCCGUUGCCCCCGGAGGAUUUCUUGCCGCCGCCCGAGUGUCCCGUCUUUGAGCCCAGUUGGGCUGAAUUCAGCGACCCACUAGGUUACAUUGCGAAAAUCCGGCCCAUCGCAGAGAAGAGCGGCAUCUGCAAGAUCCGCCCUCCUGCCGACUGGCAGCCUCCCUUUGCUGUGGAAGUGGAUAACUUCCGGUUUACCCCACGAAUACAGAGGCUCAAUGAACUAGAGGCACAGACCAGAGUGAAGCUGAACUAUUUAGACCAGAUUGCAAAGUUUUGGGAAAUCCAAGGUUCUGCACUGAAAAUCCCCAAUGUAGAGAGGCGAAUCCUUGACUUGUACAGCCUCAGCAAAAUUGUGAUGGAGGAAGGUGGAUAUGAAGCCAUCUGCAAGGAUCGGCGGUGGGCACGAGUGGCUCAACGCCUUUCCUAUCCAUCGGGGAAGAACAUUGGAUCCCUUCUUCGCUCCCACUAUGAGCGCAUAAUCUACCCUUAUGAAAUGUACCAGUCCGGUGCCAACCUGGUGCAGUGCAAUACCCAUCCAUUUGACAACGAAGAGAAAGACAAGGAGUAUAAGCCACACAGCAUCCCAUUGCGCCAAUCGGUUCAGCCAUCCAAGUUCAACAGCUAUGGGCGCCGGGCCAAGCGUCUGCAGCAGGAGGAAUCCGAAUCGUGCCUUGAGCCUCCCAGCGCCCCAGCUCUGUUACCUGAGCGAGCGCCUCAAGCAUGGCCAGAGCCAACAGAGGAAGACAUUGAGAAGAAUCCAGAACUGAAGAAACUGCAGAUUUAUGGUGCUGGGCCUAAAAUGCUCGGUUUGGGGCUUGUGGCCAAGGACAAGAAUAUGCGCAAGAAAGACAAGGAGAUGCCUGAGUGCCCUCCAACAGUGAUUGUGAAAGAGGAGGCCCCUGUUCCAGAGACUAAGCUGGAGCCCACAUCACCCCGACGCUAUGCAAACAUGAAGGAGGAGCUGAGGCACAGUCCAGAACCUUGCACCAAGAUGACAAUGCGCCUGCGUCGCAACCACAACACUCAGUUUAUUGAGUCUUUUGUUUGCCGUAUCUGUGCACGGGGAGAUGAGGAUGACAAGCUCUUGUUAUGUGAUGGCUGUGAUGACAACUACCACAUCUUCUGCCUAUUGCCCCCCUUACCUGAAAUUCCAAAAGGCGUCUGGAGGUGUCCUAAAUGUGUCAUGGCGGAAUGCAAGCGCCCCCCAGAGGCUUUUGGGUUUGAGCAGGCCACUCGAGAGUACACACUACAGAGCUUUGGCGAGAUGGCAGAUUCUUUCAAGGCAGACUAUUUCAAUAUGCCUGUACAUAUGGUGCCAACAGAGCUGGUGGAAAAGGAGUUUUGGCGCUUAGUAAACAGCAUUGAAGAAGAUGUAACAGUGGAGUAUGGGGCUGAUAUCCACUCCAAGGAAUUUGGAAGUGGCUUCCCCAUCAAUGAUGGCAAAAGGCAGCUCUCUCCAGAGGAAGCGGAGUAUGCAGCUAGCGGUUGGAACCUCAAUGUGAUGCCAGUGCUGAAGCAAUCAGUGCUAUGCCACAUAAAUGCUGAUAUUUCGGGCAUGAAGGUUCCAUGGCUCUACGUGGGCAUGGUGUUCUCUGCUUUCUGCUGGCACAUCGAGGAUCAUUGGAGUUACUCUAUUAACUACCUCCACUGGGGUGAGCCCAAAACCUGGUAUGGGGUCCCAUCAUUUGCUGCUGAACACCUGGAAGAUGUAAUGAAGAAGCUGACCCCAGAACUGUUUGAGAGUCAGCCUGACUUGUUGCACCAGUUGGUGACGCUCAUGAACCCCAACACACUCAUGGCUCAUGGGGUCCCAGUUGUCCGAACCAACCAGUGUGCUGGAGAGUUUGUCAUUACCUUCCCUAGAGCCUACCACAGUGGUUUCAACCAGGGCUAUAACUUUGCUGAAGCAGUAAACUUCUGUACUGCUGACUGGUUGCCAGCUGGUCGCCAGUGCAUUGAGCACUACCGCCGCCUCCGUCGAUAUUGUGUGUUCUCACAUGAGGAGCUUAUCUGUAAGAUGGCUGCUUGCCCUGAGAAGCUGGACCUGAACUUGGCAGCUGCUGUGCACAAAGAGAUGUUUAUUCUGGUGCAAGAGGAACGCAAAUUGCGCAAGGCUCUUCUUGACAAGGGUAUCACGGAGGCAGAGCGGGAGGCCUUUGAGCUGCUCCCAGAUGAUGAGCGCCAGUGUGACAAGUGCAAGACAACAUGCUUCUUGUCAGCACUAGCUUGCUAUGAUUGUCCAGAUUGUCUUGUCUGCCUCUACCACAUCAAUGACCUCUGCAAGUGCCCCAGCAGCAAGCAGUACCUCAGGUAUCGGUACACUCUGGAUGAGCUCCCAGCCAUGUUACACAAGCUGAAGGUUCGAGCUGAGUGCUUUGACAUGUGGGCCAACAAGGUUCGAAUUGCUUUGGAAGUCGAAGAUGGACGCAAAAGAACCUUGGAGGAAUUGCGUGCCCUAGAGUCCGAGGCGCGUGAGAGGAAGUUCCCUGAGAAUGAGCUCCUUCAUCGACUCAAAAGCUGCUUGAGUGAAGCAGAGAAGUGUGUCUCAGAGGCCCUGGGUCUGAUAAGCAGCCAAGAAACUGGGGAACCAUCAGUCCAUAUGACAGUGGAAGAAUUACGUGUUUUCCUAGAGCAAAUGAGCAACUUGCCUUGUGUCAUGCACCAAAUCAAAGAAGUCCAGGGUGUGUUGGAGAAGGUGGAAGCUUUCCAAGCUGAGGUUCAGGAAGCUCUACAGGAUCUCCCAGGCAACUCCCCAGAGCUGCACAGACUGCUGGCUCAGGGAACAUGCCUAGGGGUGGAGGUGCCAGAGAUGGAACUACUGGAGAGACAGGUGCAACAGGCUGUCUGGCUGGAGGAGGUCAAGCAGACGCUGCGUUCACCCCAAGAUAAAGUCACUCUAUCUGUUAUGAGAGCACUCAUCACCUCUGGUUGUGGGGUUGCACCUAGCCUUGCUGUGGACAAAGCCAUGGCUGAACUACAGGAGUUACUCACUAUUGCCCAGCGUUGGGAGGAAAAAGCCCAGAUGUGCCUGGAGGCCAGGCAGAAGCACCCACCAGCCACACUAGAGGCCAUCAUCAAAGAGGCAGAGAACAUCCCAGUGCACCUGCCCAAUAUCCUGUCACUCAAGGAGGCUCUUUCUAAGGCACAGGCUUGGAUUGCUGAUGUUGAGGAGAUCCAGAAUGGGGAUCAUUAUCCUUGCCUGGAUGACCUGGAGGGGCUUGUAGCUGUGGGUAGGGAUUUGCCGGUGCGUCUGGAGGAACUGCGCCACUUAGAAGUGCAAGUGGCUACUGCACAUUCCUGGCGGGAAAAGGCUUCCAAAACCUUCCUCAAAAAGAAUUCCUGUUACACGUUACUUGAGGUGCUGUGCCCAUGUGCUGAUGCCGACUCGGACAGUGUCAAACGCACCAAGUGGCAGCGGGAGAAGGAACCAGGCCUAUACAAAUCUGAUACAGAAAGCCUGGGCCUCUCAGCACAAGACCUCAGGGACCCUGGCUCCGUUCAGAUCUUGGCCUUCAAAGAAGGUGAGCAGAAGGAGAAAGCGGGGAUCCUACGCCUACGUCAGUCAAAUGCCCAGAAGCCUGUGCCAUCAACGCACAGUCCUCCCGGGGGCCAGUACUGUGUAUGUUCCCAGCCUCCAAGCCCUGCUAUGCUGCAGUGUGAACUGUGUCAGGACUGGUUCCACACCACCUGUGUGGCUUGGCCCCGCCUUGGCAACCCCCGCCCCUCUCCUGCAUGGUGGGAAUGGGAAGCAAAAUUCCUUUGCCCACUCUGCCAGCGCUCGCGCCGGCCCCGCCUGGAGACGAUCCUGGCUCUGCUUGUAGCCCUACAAAAGCUUCCUGUGCGACUGCCCGAGGGAGAAGCUCUACAGUGCUUGACAGAGCGAGCCAUUACAUGGCAGGACCGUGCCCGCCAGCUCCUAGCCUCCUCAGAUGUAGCAGCUGCCUUGGAGCGUCUGGCGGGGCUGCGGCAACGACUGGUUGGAGAUUCGGCCAAGGAGGCAGGUGCUCUCAAAGAGAGCAGCUGUAAUGAACAGACCAAGGUUUCCUUGGAGAACGGAGACUCCACAGCUCCAGAAAAGAAUGGCUCCUGUGCCUCAGACCUGGAGACACUCUGCUCUUACCUGCCACGGCUGCAGGGCCCUGUACUGGAGGUGACAGAUGCCAUCCGCCUACCCCUGGAGGAGCUGCUAAUGGAGGGAGAUCUUCUGGAGGUGACGCUAGAUGAGAGCCAGAGCAUUUGGCGCCUGCUGCAGGCUGCUUCUGCUCCCCAGCUCGACAAAUUCCACCAACUGCUAGAUCUGGAGCAAGCAGAGCGGCGUGGCACCCGUGGGAGAGGCCGAGACUCUGAGCGAAGGCGGAAGCGGAAGACAGAGCGUGGCGACUACCCACCCUUGCCCAAGGAGGAAUUAGAGCCAAAGAAGAUCCGGGGGGCAGACCCAGCGCUGCCUCAGGGUGGGGCUCCCCCUGCAGCAGGCACAGAUUGCAGCCACAAUGGAGUUGGGCAGUUGUGACGGCUAGAUGAUGCCUGGAUUUCCCCUUCCUGGACUAUACUGCACUGCAAGGGACUCUGGCAGCCCCAUGUCACCCUGUUGGUUUGACUAGCACUCUGCAUGGGGGGGAGGCACCUAGUCCCAGAAGCUGGAGGCUACAAUCUCCCCCACCCGGACUCAGCACUGGCCCUGCACCAGACUAUUUUCAGAUGAUGUAAUAUUUCAUUUUCUUCUUUUCCUCCUUUUGUAUUGUUGAUACCUCGGCAGGGGGAGGCAUUGCAGGGGUCACCAUGGGCACCAAAUGCAGGACCCACCAGUUCCCUUUGGUGGAAGCAGCAGGGUGCACCCUGUUGCUGUAAGGACUAGAGCCUUGCAGAGACCUGUUGUGGGUGGCGAUAGCAGUGUGUGCUGGGAAAAUCCCCAGCUCCUUGCUUCUGGCAGUAAAAGGAGUCAGGUGCCCUCUUAAGGGCAGUGCCCUGCUCCUCGUACCAGCAUUCCCUAGAUACAACAGGGGCAGCGCCUCCUGUUGCACAGAGGGGCAGCUCUCCCCAAACACCCCUAUCUUCCUCCUGGUACCUGUUGGGUUUUAUAGGAACUGGGGUAACCACUUUGUUCUUUAGGGUGGUGGAAAGGGCAAGGAAUCUUCCCGUUCCACUCCAGCCUCUACUCCACCCUGACCUUCCUACCCCCAAAUCGUGGGCCCCAUGCUGCCUCAGGCUCUGACACUAAAGUCCUUUUGUCUUUCUCUUUUUAGUGUUUUUCCUUUUUUCCAGCAGGGGAGGGUGGGCUGUUGAGGGUAGGGAGGGGUGUGUUAUUUUAUUGUAUUAUGAUUUUUUAUUAUUAUUAAACUUUGGAGGUUAAUGAACUUACUUGGAUUUUGGGGGUGAGCGCCACCUCAUCCGUCAGGGGUGCUUUUAGCAGUUGUCAUGUAAAACGUAGGCAUGCACAGGUCUAGUGACUGCUCCUGUCUUGUAACUUCCUGCUAUGUAGGAGGGUAGCUGUGGAGCACUGAGAAGCCCUGAUUAGCUGCUUUCUCCUUUUGAAAUUCUGAGUUCUGGCACCCUAGUUUUCAGUAAAAAAUAGUGUGAUAUGAUUCUUCCAGGUGCCUAAUAGUCACUGUAGAGCCAGAGUGGGGAACCUGCAGCCCAAGGGCCGCAUGUAGCUGUCAGCCUAAUCCCAUACUGCUGGUGAUGGUGGGGAACCUACCAGAAGAGGAGAAGGAGGGGGUGGAAAAUUCCACAAUUGAUCAGUUCAGUCCUGUGGCAAAUGUAAUCUGUCCCUUUCCGUAGCAGUCCACUCUCUAGGGAGAAGUGGGUGACAGGAAAAUAGAGAAAAAGGUUGCCCACUUUUGGCAGCAGCCUGGUCCAUCAUUGGCACAUGGUUCCUGACAGAAAGUUUCCCAUACUCUAGCUGUAGCAAGCCCUGCUCUCCCUCCAGUAGUGAAUUGCACAUCACCAAGAAAAGAGAAAGCCCUUUAGGCCAAACCUACAUACGUUGCCAAGAAGACACAAAGAAGGAAUUUGAGGGGCAAAUUGUUAUGGCUCUGAAAAUGAAUAUUUAAAACUUUUUUUAAUACUUCAGAAGCCCUGCCACCCCCCAAAAAGCCCAGAGAAGUAGAAGGACUGGUAGAUGACAGAAGGGUACUGAACAAAGACAGAAAGAGUCAGGUUAAUAGAUUUCUCUGUGUCAGAUGAUCUUUGAGACUUAACAGCGAGUGCACCUGAAAAGCUAUGUCAAAGAGAGGUGAGAAAGGAUGAUAUUUCAGAACUCAAUUGUCAAAUAAAGAAUUAACAUCGGCUGGGCUGGGCUGCAUGACACUUUAACCAAGGCAUUUUCCCUCCAAUAUUAAAUCAUUGAUAUUUUGUGUAAAACAGGAAAAUUAAUUUUUUCCUUUUUUUGGAGAGGAGUUGAAGGCAGGCAGUGGAAUAACAGGGUUUUUAAACAUCCAGGAAAUUAGAAAGCCAUUUCCCCAGGUAAACUGGUAGAAAGCAUUAUUUAAGACUAAGAUACUUAAGUCUACAUAGGACUGGCCUUCCUGGUGAUGAAUCAACAUGGAGGAAGUCUUGCCUCCUUAACAUCUUUGGAAUUCAGUGUCUCGAACACUGAGCUAAGACCAAUCAGCAUUAGAUGCUUGGGAUUCCAGAAUGCUUUUGACUGUCCCUCCCCAUAGCUUCCUAGGAAAGCUUUGCAGUGAGAGAUGAGAGGAAGAAUUUUCCCAUGGACCAGUAACUGGCUAUAAAGCAGGGAGAAGCAAAGGGUAGAUGUGAUUGAGUAGUUUUCACAAUGGAGAAGAGCAGCCAGUAGUGUUUUAAGUGUCCCUCUUAGAAUUGAUGCUAUGUAAUAUUUUUAAUCAAACUAUAGGCAGGGAAUAGGAAGUAGCCAAGUUCUGCAAAUAACACCAACUUGUUCAAAAUGGUGAAAUUCCAAGGAGUCAGGGCAAAGCUUCAAAAGGGGCCUCCACAGAGGUGUAUACUAUUUUAUGCUAUGUGUAACUAGCCUACACAAUGUGCUUUAGUUGUUAUAAUAAUAGCACCAAGCUUCGAUGGCUUUUAAAAAGGAUUACAUAAAUGUGUGGAGGACAGAGCUAUUGCUACCCAUCAACAAUAGAAGCUUAAUGGAAAUUACAUGUGCCAAAACAGUGUUCUGGAACACCAGAUUUUUUUGGAGGGGGGGAAUGGUAAGAUGGCUAUUGUUUCCAGCAGCUUCUGCAAAACACAAUGUUGAACUAGAUGGGGCUUGAUCCAUCAGGGAAACCUUUGGUUCUUGAGCUGGAUACAUGUCCUUCUGGAGCCUUUGUAGCACCAUUGCUAGGUUCCCCCCCUUACCCUUCCUCCUUGGUCCAGCACUUGAAUGGGGCUGCAGGGGUGUAGGCAGAACCCUCCUACAUCUGAGGCAUAAGGCAGUUCCCCUACCGUGGGGAGGAGUCUGCACACACAGAACAUGUAAAAGGGUGUCUUUCCUGCUGUAGACAAAACAGAAAAGCUGGAGAACUCCAAUCAUCUGAAUAACCUGCAGUCCAAAGCCUGCUACUGCAUUUCAGUUCAACAAGCAUUUUAUACAGGACUCAAAAAAAUAAUAAUAAGCAAAAGUAGCCUUGUCUUAUAAGAAAAAUUCCAAACUUCACAUUAGAGCAACAACUUAACCCAACCAAACUCUCACAAAAUUGUUAUCCAGAACACUCUCAUCAGGCUAGAUGGCAAGCAAAGCAGGGGGGACUGUAGACAUCAGAAUUUGUCAGUCUUAUGGUGGCAUGUAGAAGGAGGUGGCAGACAUUAAAAUGAGAGACUUGAGCCUGAUGACUUGUUUCCCCAGACUAUGAAAUGAGAGCCCAGUCAAUCCACCAAGGAUGGCAAAAGGCAUAAAUGCACCCAUUCUACUGGUGACCAGCAGUGUUUGCGGGAACCAUUGCCAAGGCAAAGAACCGUAUGAUCUAGUUGAGAUUCCUUCCUUGGAGGGGGUUGGACUAGAUGACUUUGGGAACACUCCCAAUGCAACAGUUCCAUGAUUCAAUGAGGUUUUGAUGAUUAAGCAGUAUAUAAAGCACAUUAAAUAAAAUGCUAUAGUUGCAGGUUUCAGGUUGCAUCUGGCUGCUGGGAGAAAAGGCACACAUGAUGGAUGAAACCUGCAAAUUACCUAGCUGUGUUUCAUUUGAAUGUCUGCUACAUCCUCCCACAUUCCAUCUUACGAUUCUGACUAAAUGUAGUCUCCAUGGUUUCAGCACUAGCCAAUUCUCCCCUCCCUGCUUUUGUUUACCUGAAGAAGCAUUCUAAAGAAUUUGAAACCUUUAUAACAUUUUGGUUCACUUAAUAAAAGUAUUUUCCUAAGUUGGAUAUUGAAAUAUACAGAGCAAUUGGUCUUCCCACUCAUGCAAAUUAACUGUAUUUGCUUAUUUGGCCAGAGACCAGACAAAACCUAGGAUAGAUCUGUCUGUUGAUUACUUCCAUUCAAGGGUAAGGGUCAGUUUUAUACCUGUGUUGUAGCCAAGGUAAAAGUCAGCUUAAUAACAUGUUUUUAUCCUUCUCUGGUGUUGACCCCUCCCAUUCUCGGUAGGUCUUUGAUCUAACUGGAUGGGGCAUUACAACUACAUUUUAAAUAUAAUUUUAGGAUCACUGUGCAGGAAUGUUGUUACUUUCAGAAAUUCACCAUGGCCCUCUGCAUUUUGUUUAGAAAAUAAACUGGCAUUUUUA